AUGUACUCUGUGUAUCUAAUCCUAAUAUUGAAUGUGCUAGCAGUUGACGCUGCUUAUCCGAAAUGUCCGAAUGACGGCGAACCAAAACUAGACGGAAAAGGAAACUUCAUUCAAUGCUUACCAGGUGACUCAUUCGCGUUAUCAUGCGGCAAUGAGUAUUUCUGCUAUUUCUCAGGAAUUAAUUACUUAUGUUGCCCAAGCAAUGAGAAAAAAAUAAAAAAACAAAUGACAUGCCCUGAGCCAUUGAUAACCGUUUUAAGUAGUAGAGGAGAUGUACUAAAAUGCAGUGGAAACAGCCAUGAAUGCUCGAAGCGAGGAAUGCUCUGCAUGAAUGUAGGAGAAGAUUUCAUUUGCUGCGAAAAGCAUAAUCACACAGCUGAAUCAUUGAAAGAUGCUGAUUACAGGGUAUGUCCACCAAAUUCGUCUACUGCUUUAACACCACUUGGAAACGUCAUAACUUGUGAUUUAGAUAGAAAGUGUCUCAAUGAAAAACAAUUUUGCUUUGGAGAAAGUGACUCUAUUUGUUGUGAAACGGCUCGUGAUGAUACGAAACCAAUCACGCAGAUAGAGAGAAAACAAAAAGUUAUAGAAAAAGAAACAUUGCUAUCUAAUGAUUUAGAAACAAAACGAGAACCAGUGAUUGAUACAAUGGCUACAACUUUUCAACAGAUAAUCCCCAAACAAGAGCCGAAAAAUGUACCAAACGAAAUAAGAACUAAUGCUAUUCAGCAAUUUAUUCGAGACAGAAUCAUGAAUGGAUGGCCAUACAACGAAAUAUUCUUUCAUCCAUAA